AUGAAGGCCCUCUCUCUAUCUAUCCUUAGCAUAGGUUCCUCGAGCGAUUCUCACCUGCAGGACGACAGGAUGAAAGAGCCUUCCGAAGUUAUCUCUGAUUAUGAUACAGAAUGUGCGAAUGAGGAGUAUAUCAUAGGAUCCAUCGACCUCCUGUUCCGUGAGACGGAUCUAUUCUCGCAUGCAGGCACGUACCCCACCACGAUGGCGCCCCAGAUAGUUCAAUAUGCCCUGAUCUACCGCCACUCGACUAUGGCACCACUUGUGCUGCCUGUCAAAAAUUACGUGAAUCCUUACAUCCAGGUCUGGCUACCCAUGUCACUGUGUGACAACGCGCUAUUCCCGGCACUUCUCUUUUCCUCUCUCUCGCACAAGAGAAUAAAUGACCUGCUUGCGGGCGGCAAAUCGCUGCCAGCAACUGAGCUCAUGAAGCCAGUCAUCGAAGCCUGUUACAAAGAGGCCAUCGGUGCAAUCAACCUCGCUCUACUGACUCCAGGACGCGCCUUGACGGAUGCCACUAUACUGGCCAUUCUGAUGACAGUCGAAAGCCCGUUUUUGAUAAGCUCUGACGGCUGGUUGGAAGAACCGCCCUUCCAGGCGCAUCUACAAGAUCUUCAGUGGUUGAGCGUUCACAGUGCCCGUGAGCCAAAUCUUGGCCAUCAGGAAGGGUUGUGCAAACUUAUUAAUAUGCGCGGGGGUCUUGCCAGGAUCGAGACACCGGGCCUUGCAGCAGCGGCUUUCUUCCGAGUCCUCGUCAAUUCGACUUUGCUCCUGUCAACCCCGCCCCUUCCAUUCUAUCCACUGUCCGCACCUGAUGUGCAAAACUUCAAUACACCGGUCACACAAGAACCACGAUGUGAAUCAACGUGUAUGAUGAUCCUCCAUGCGGCCAGAGUCCACCCGCUGGUCAGCGCAGUGAUGAUGGAAUUGGUCGAUUACUCAACAGCUGUGGAGAGGUAUAUCAGGGGAAGUGCGCCGGGUCUGACAGCGCAGAUCAUGUGCGAUCGACGCAACCUCGCUCAGUAUAAUUUGAUGUCUAUUCCAGUCAUCACUGGUGGCGAGCCAGAAAACGUUCUUUCUGAAAUAUGCCGUAUUGCUGCCAUUAUCUACAGCAUCGGCGUGACGUUCCCUCUAUCUGGAGUCGGGGCACCGUUUGGUAGCCUCGUAAAGCAGCUCAAGCGCAAGAUUCAAGAGAUUCGCCUUUUGGAAGUCCUCAUUUUACAACCGCGAAUUGGUUCUCUUCUUCUUUGGGCCACAACCAUGGGCGCAAUUGCGGCAAAGGGGAAGUCUGAGCGGCCAUUCUUGACAGCUACUUUGUCGAAGUUGAUUCAUCAAUCCGGCGUCGCCCACUGGAGCGAUCUCAAGGCAGGUCUGAGAUCAAUCCUUUGGUUAGACGGUACAUGUGAUUUGGGAGGUAAGGAAGUUUGGGGGGAGGCACGUGCAGUCAUAGAGUCAGUCUCAGAGGCUCCAAAAUGCGAUGACGAUCUUUCAUCGCCUGUCACUGAUACCUCACCUCCAUGCAUGCGGUGCCAAAGUCGCAAGAUCAGGGUCAUUAUUCUGGGUACGGUAGAUGAGGUACCAAAGGACAUUGCGAAACGCCUUCGUCUUAAGCGAGUGAUCGAUGGUUUCUUCCGCGCCGAACGGGGGUUGUGA